AUGGCAGACGUCGACGUGGAAACCGGGAAAGAGAAGGGCUAUGUUUCGCCAUCCGUCGGCUCCGGUCAGCACGGCUACGGCGAGACCGAGGUCUCGAAAGGGACCAGAUGGGAGAACUUCAGGGAUAGCUUCAAGAGAAAUCCGAAUGCACGCAUGGCGACGGAGGCUGUCGAUGAGGAUGGGAGACCGCUAGAGGACCAGCCGCCUGCAGAGCCGGCCUUGAGUAUGAAGCUCAAGGAUAGGCAUUUACAAAUGAUUGCUAUCGGGGGGUCUAUCGGCACUGGGUUGUUUGUUGGGUCGGGUUCUGCGCUGGAAAGCGGUGGGCCUGCGUCUUUGAUCUUGGCAUAUGGGCUCAUCGGCAUGAUGCUGUUUUGCACAGUGCAGGCUCUAGGCGAACUGGCAGUUGCAUUCCCAGUCGCGGGAUCAUUCGCAGUCUACGCUUCGCGUUUCUUGGACCCAGCGUGGGGUUUUGCAAUGGCUUGGAACUACGCACUUUCCUGGCUCGUGACGCUCCCGCUUGAAAUCGUCGCUGCGUCCAUCACACUCCGGUUCUGGAGCGGUGCAAGAGAGACGAACGCUGCUGCAUGGGUCACCAUCUUCCUCUUCGUCAUCAUCUCCAUCAACUUGUUCGGUGUCAGGGGUUACGGGGAGGCAGAGUUCGUCUUCUCCAUCAUAAAGAUUUUAGCUGUUAUAGGCUUCAUCAUCCUUGGGAUAAUCAUUGACACGGGUGGCAUCCCCGGCGGUAAUGGUUACCUCGGCGCGAAGUACUGGUACACUCCCGGAGCUUUUAACAAUGGCUUCAAGGGACUUUGUUCCGUGUUUGUGACUGCCGCGUUCUCAUUCCAAGGAACGGAGUUGGUCGGAUUAUGCGCUGCUGAGACAGAGGAUCCGCGCAAAACACUACCAAAGGCCGUAAAGCAGGUGUUCUGGAGAAUCACGCUGUUCUACAUGGUCUCACUUACAAUCGUUGGAUGCUUGGUACCCUACGACGACCCGAAGCUCCUCGGUGCCAGCUCGACCGAUGCAAAUGCUUCACCUUUUGUGAUCGCAGUGCGUAACGCCGGCGUCAACGUCGUCCCAUCAAUCAUGAAUGUGGUCAUCCUCAUCGCCGUCCUCUCAGUCGGUAACUCCUCGAUCUACGGCUCCUCCCGCACAAUCGCCGCCCUCGCGGACCGCGGCCAGGCCCCAAAGAUCUUCGGCUACAUCGAUCGCUCCGGUCGGCCGCUCGUGGCCAUACUCUUCUCUUCAUUGUUCGGCUUCAUCUCUUACAUCGUGGCUGCUGGCUCCGACAUCAGCGACCAAGCUUUCGCGUGGAUGAUGGCUAUUUCCGGCCUUUCAGCCAUCUUCAACUGGGGCUCCAUCUGCCUCUGCCACAUCCGCUUCCGCCAAGCGUGGAAACAUAAAGGCCAUACGCUCGACGAACUCGCCUUCCGCUCCCAGGCUACAGUCUACGGUUCCUGGGCGGGCCUCAUCUUCAACGGGCUUGUUCUGAUCGCGCAAUUCUGGACGGGGUUUGCGCCCGUCGGCUACGCUGAGAUGAGUACCACUGAGCUCGUCGAGAGCUGGUUCAAAGCCUAUCUCGCAUUCCCGAUUGUGGCGUCUUGUUAUAUCGUCUUCAAGUUUGUGAAGAAGACAAAGUUUAAGAGGGUGCAUGAGAUUGAUAUUACGAGUGGGAGGAGGGAGAUGGAUUUGCCGGCUAUUCUUGCGCAGGAGAGGGCGGAGGCGGCACAGUGGCCUAAAUGGAAAAAGGUGUGGAAUGUUAUUUGCUGA